AUGCCUCCCAAAUCGAAGAAGACAAAGUCUUCGCAGACUGGACCGACCCUCAAAUCUGCACACGCCCUGCCAAGUGCCUCACACCAACCUCGACGGGAAUCACCACCUCCCAUAGAAGACGAGCCUGCAGUACCAACCCCAAUUGAACCAGAGAGAAGUGGAGAUACCACCGAGUCCGUAGACGAACCUGCACCUCUACCUUCGAUUAAUCGAAAGAAGCAGAAGCGCAGAGAAAAGGAAGCUGCCAAACGUCUGGCUGAGCAGCAAGCGCAGACAAUAAAUGGACAUGGAGAUGAGUUUUUGCAGGAGAACGGUCAUGUGGCAGCUGUGAAGCAGGGAAGGGGGCCCGUCAAAGGAUAUUUCACGGAAGAGACAGACUAUGUUGACCCGGACUUCCAAAAUCAAUUAGUAGAGGGCGAGGAAGAGUUCUACUCCAACGACGAAGACAUAGACUACGAUCAGGCCUACAACGAAGGACCCGAUCAUUCCUGGCUGAACACGAGUAGACGGAAAAAAGGUUCGAAAAAACGUCCGCAUACUAGCCACAUCUCGAAUGCCGGCUCGACAGCACAGAAACCCUUCCCGACCUUGUCCAAUGCUGCUCUUCGCUCGGCGCAUAAGAUGUCAAACGCCAAUGACCAUAUCUGGAAUACCUCCACUCAGGCCGAGCGUGAAAACAUCAAGCAAUUCUGGCUAGAGUUGGGUGAGGACGAGAGACGCUCAUUGGUCCGAGUCGAGAAGGAAGCUGUCCUGCGUAAGAUGAAGGAGCAGCAGAAACACUCAUGUAGUUGCUCUGUAUGUGGUCGCAAGAGAACCGCCAUUGAAGAAGAACUCGAAGUCCUCUACGAUGCAUACUACCAGGAACUUGAACAAUUCGCCAAUCACAACAAUGAUGGUCUCGACAGUCCUACCACUCUAGCUCCUUCAAGAGCUCCACUAUCCUACAGGAAUCAACCUCAUCCUAUGGCUGGUGCUUACCCGACUCAAGGUCGCAUUCAAGAGCUCGGCGAAGAUGGUGAAGAGCUUGACGACGAAGAGGACGAGUAUGACGAUGAGGAGGAAGACGAAGACGACUACAGUGAUGAAUACGCGGACGAUCUUCCUCCCGGACCUGCUGACUUCUUCCAAUUUGGCAACAGUUUGACCGUCAAAGAUGGUAUCUUGACCGUCGCUGACGACCUCUUAAAGAACGAUGGAAAGCAUUUUAUCGAUAUGAUGGAGCAAUUGGCUGAAAGACGUAUGCAACGUGAGGAAGAAAUCCAUUAUCCUGCCCCACCACUAGCUCAUCAAUCUCUUCGUCAAGGUCACAACCAUCCCCCGAUAGACGAGGAUGACGAGUACGACGAUGAAGAAGACGAUGAAGACUAUGACAGUCAAGAAGAGGACGAAUUCGAGGGCGACGAAAUGGAUUCUAUGACUGAAGAACAACGCAUGGAGGAAGGACGUCGCAUGUUCCAGAUUUUUGCUGCCAGAAUGUUCGAACAACGUGUACUUACUGCUUACAAGGAAAAGGUCGCGGCCGAACGUCAAAGAAAGCUUCUCGAAGAGCUUGAGGCCGAGGGUGAUAUGCAAGCACAACGCGAGGCAAAAAAGAUGAAAGAUGCUGCGAAGAAGAAGGAGAAAAAAGCGCGUCAGAAGGCGGUCAAGGACGAAGAAAAGGCCAAGAAAGAUGCUGAAAAAGCUGCCCAGGAAGCUGCAAUUCGUGACGCCGAGGAGAAGAAGUUGGCGGAGAAGCGUGUUAAGCAAGACGAGCAGCGCCGUAAGAGAGAAGCUGAGCGCAAAGCAGCAGAGGAUGAGCGUACUCGGAAAGAGGCCGAGAGGACGGCAAGAGCCAUCAAAGAACGUGAACGUCAACAAGAAGCUGAAAGGAAAGCUAAAGAAGCCAAAGAAAAGGAGAAGAAACUGCGUGAAGAGCAAAGAAAGCGCGAGCGGGACGAGAGGGAAGCGAAGGAGGCCGAGCUGAGGGAGCAACGGCAGAAGGAGGAGAACGAGCGCAAGGAUAAGGAGCUGCAACAGAGAAAGGAGAGAGAGACUGCUGGCAGAACCGAAAGAGAAGCUAAGGAACGCCAGAAAACCGAACAAACAUCACGUCCUCAGGCAAUCGCUUUACCUCCAGGCCUUGUACCUCCGUCGAGAAAUGCACAACUUCAGUCUCCUUACAUACCAGUAGCGACUCCUGUGGUGCCACCAAGUAUGUCAACUCCUGCAGGUCGAAGCAGGCAAACGUCCCAACCGUCACAGCAUAGCUCUUCUCCAAGAUCGCAGAAAGCUACCACCGAAACGUCGUUGAAUUCGGCCUCUCCUGCUAGUGUGCCUUCUUUGCAGCCCACUGCGCCGACUCAUUCAGUUAAACAUCCUCGGCAAGGACCGCCGUUACAUCAUCCUCAGCCAAACGCUCCGAGAUCACCACUCAACAACUUGGGCUUCCAUGGUCGAAAUGGCCUUCCACCACACAGCUAUAGUAAUAUGCAUGGUAUUGGCAUCAAUGGUAUUCCAACAAGCAUGCCCGGUCCUAUGGCCAUGAAUGCUCCUGUGCAUAUGUAUUCAGCACCACCUUUAGCAAAUCAGCAAAGAUACCCUCCUAAUGGACUUCCUUUUCCUCCUGGCUUCAACAUGCAAAGACCUUUCCAGCCGAGUCAGCAUAUGCCAUUCCACCAACCACCACCUGGAAUUCCUCCUAUGGCCUCGCCACAUCCACCAAAUGUAUCUCAAGCAGUUCAUUCGAGACAACCUUCUGGGUCUGACAAUUCAUCCCAGCCUGCACCAAUCGCACGACCCGGACCAAUAGCGCGGCCUACGAGCACAACGCCUGAUAGGCAGAAGGGGUUCUCUGGUAAAGGCGACACUGGGGUCGAAAAGAUUACAACACAACUUGGCAGCUCCGCGUUACUCGACGAUUCCGACGAACCGUUCUCAAGCCAACUUGAUCACCGUGUACCUACCAUUCCAUUGGCGCCACCCGGCACAGGACGUCUACCAUUUGCUAGCACAUUUGGUGGCGAAAAACCUGGCGCCUUCGGUACGGGCGCUUCAAAUUGGAGCGCAUUCAAUAACGGCUUGCCUGCAGGACCCUUUGGGCAAACACCACGGCCUAGUCAGGGUUGGUCGCAGCCUGUUUUCGAUCCUCUAGGAGCACAAGCCGGAUUGGGUCGAUCACACGUGCCUAGACCCAUAGCAGUUCGUUUGUUGCUCGUGCAGGCAUGUCGACAAUUGUCAAAUGCCUCUGUUGGAAAAGGCGAUGGCUAUCAUCAAGCGCAAGAAGUCCUACGACGUGUCGGGCAACUUCAGCAACCAGGCGAACCUCCUGUGUCCCUGGACGAGAUCCUAGGUAUUUGUGACACGGAAGGGAAUGUUCAGAACGGAGGAGGAACUUUCGAAGUCAUGGUAGAUGCUACUCGAGGUCAGAUCAUCAAGUUCAUUGAAGACAGCAAGACUAAUGGAGGAAUAAGAGGGAGCGUGGGCGAUAUUGGUGGCCCUAUUGCAGCACCUGGUCACCAAGCUUCAUCUUUUGGAAGCAUUGGACAAGGAGUUCAGCAUCAGGCAUUCAGACCACAACCGCCUGGUCCUAGUAAAUGGUAG